AUGAGUGCGCAACCAACAAAGUUACGCCCGCUAGGCAACUUGGAGAGAUACCAUGCGACGCGACACAAGUUGCGCUUGUAUACCACCAUUGGGCUGACUGCAACAUACCGUCUUCCACCAGCCAAUGGCAGGUCUCUGCGGCAUGACAUCUAUCGCGCCUGUGAGGUCGUCGUCCAGCAACAUCCGAGUCUGUCGGCCAAUGUAGUCUUCGAAGACCCCAACAAGCCCUACUUUGUUCGUCUGCCCGAAAUCGAUCUGGACAAAUGCGUUUUGUUUCAAUGUCGCCAAACUGCAUUAUCUGAGUCCCCGGGGGAUCUGGAACUCGACGAGUUACUUCAGAAGCAUCACAAUACCUACUUUGACUCAAGCGCGCCCCUCUGGAAACUCUGCGUACUGGAGAACCCUUCAAGUCCCGAGACGUUCACAGCAGUUUUGAUUUAUCAUCACGCCAUUGGUGAUGGUACCUCGGGAAAGGUGUUCCAUGCCACUUUCGCACAGGCCUUGGAACAGGUUCUCAAGGCGCCACCUCAUUCGGAAGUGAAAACUAUCUUGACUCCAUCUCAUGAUCCCCUACUACCGAUCUUGGAGGAUGAGCUGGAUCUUCCUCUUUCUACCUGGUUUCUUGUGAAAGAACUCUACAAAUCCAAAUUCUCUUCACACAAACAUUCGUUGUGGGCCGGUGCACCAGUACAUGGUACCCUAGCCAACAGGAUAAAGCAUCUGGUCGUUCCAGAGCCAACCGCUACCAAACUGCGAAAGACCUGCUCGGCCAAUGACACAACCAUUACGACAUUCCUACAAAUACUGGUUGCUCGUCUCUUGUUCAAGCAAGUUGAUCCCGAGUUCACGCAGAUAAACUUUCAGGGCAGCAUGUCCGCACGGAGGUGGAUGUCUAAUCCUGCCAUUGAAAAUCUGAUGGGUGAUUGGGUCCUUGACUAUUCAGAAGGAUAUAGCCGCAUCGCUUUAGAGGGGGAGGCCUUCCCGUGGCACCAAGCCAAAGCUGCCAAAAAGUCUCUGAUCGACAGCCUGGCUUCAAAAGGCAAAAAUAGAGGAGUCGGUCUUUUGAGAUUGGUUUCAGACCUCGAGAAAGAUGUGUUCAGGCCUCAGUUCGACAAGCCGCGCAGGGAUAGUUUUGAAAUUUCCAACCUUGGAGCUUUCAAGACAGAGAAAAGUAGGGAUAGUUCUGAGGUGGUAUCCAUCGAACGGAUGGUCUUCUCUCAAAGUACUUGCGUCGAUGGUGCUGCAAUAGUUUUAAGCACGAUUUCUGGUGGCGACAACUGCCUGAUUCUCACUUUCAGCUGGCAGGACAGCGUUGUUGAGGCUUCCUUUGUGGAAUCAUUGAUGAAUGGGGUAGAGCAGGAGAUUACUAGACUUUCUUCCUAG